AUGAGGCGGAACGAAUCGAUGAAGCAGAGAGUCCUUACUGAAGUUCCAACCAUAAGCGACGUCAAUCACUUGGAGUCGAAAAAGGCACGAUUAGACAGUUUAACAUCAAAUUCUUUACCCGAAUCGUGUGUUCUUCAUGUUCGUGGUUUACCACCAGAUACAACGGAACAUGAAGUUUCCACUUUAGCCAUUCCAUUUGGUUCAAUCGCUAAUAUGAUAGUAACCAAAAAAACCUGUCAGGCCCUCAUUGAAAUGGACACUUUGGAAUCGGCUGAAUCUAUGUUUAGUUAUUAUACAACUGUUUGCCCGCCAAAAUUACGGGGCAGAUAUCCUGUAGAAAUUCAGUUUAGCAAAUAUUCCUCUCUUACUAAUUCCAAUAAUAAUAAUAAUAAUGCAGUUGUAUCUGCCAUUCAAGAAGCGAAUAAACAGUUUGCAGCGUUCCGUAUUGAAAACGAAGAAUCUGCUAAAACGGUGUUGCACAUUCAUGUGGAAAGAUUACUUCCAUCUUCAGAGAUCGGAUACUUACCAUUUUUCCUCGCGUUCAGACCUUUUGGGCGAAUACUGCGUGUGGUUUCAUUCAGGAAAAAUGAAUCUCGUCAUGCGUUCUUAGAAUUCAGUAAUUCUAUAUCAGCACAUGUAGCAAAACUGCAAAUGAAUGGUGUACCUUUAUUCCCCGCGGAAGGAAAUUUUUGUAUACUGCGUACUGAAUUCUCAAGGCAACCCACUUUAGAAGUCCACCGGGAAGACAGUAGCAGCAGAGAUUUUACUCGUAACCCGUGGAAUGAAAUUGAUGAAUCACAGGAAAUAGCGUCAAUCAUGAGUGGUAAUAAAAAGUUCCAGCCGAUUCUUUCUUCUGUCCAACCUGAUUUGAAUGAUCUCAGUGAAGAAAAGCUUUCAAAUAUGGAUCCGGCGUCUCUAACCAGUUUGGCAAAUAGACUUAUCAAACCUUUACUAAGAGUUGCUGCAUCAGUAUCUGGCCCACAAGCUGAUGUGCUUAGAGCACAGGCAUCAGCACUAGGUGGUCUAUCUGCUUUGAUUUCAGAAAACCAAAGUCAUUGUGAAUCUUUUUCUUGGCCGAUUAUUCCUAAUGUAUCUACUCAGGAAGUUACUCAAAAUGCAUCACGUAUAUAUGUUGGUUCACCUGUUGUCUUUGUAUCCAAUUUAAACGAAGAGAAAGUCAAUCCGGAUACGUUGUUCAUACUAUUUGGUGUUUAUGGCGAUGUGCAACGCGUAAAAAUUAUACACAACAAACGAAGCACAGCUCUGGUUCAGAUGACUGAUGCUUCUCAAGCUCUUCGAGCUGUGAACUUUUUGAACGGUGUACCUUUAUAUGGUAAAACUUUACGAUGUAUUCUUUCGAAAAAUACGUAUAUUAAUAUGCCACAAAAUAUUUUAUAUACACCUGAUGGUGAUGAAUCACAAAAUACGUGUGAUUAUAGUGGGCAUAAACUGCACCGAUUUAAACAUGUCAAUUCACGGAAUCACUUUAAUAUCUGUGCUCCAUCUAAAGUUCUUCAUGUGACAAAUCUUCCUGAUGUGGUAGAUGAGGAGAAAUUGAAGAAUGUCUUUGAACAUAUCUGUGAAUGCCGUGUUUCUCGGGUGAAAACUUUCAAAGCUGAGAAGAAAAUGGCACUUGUAGAAUUAGAAACUUUGGAGGAGGCGAUUUCAGCCUUGAUUACAAUGCAUGAUUAUCCCAUCGAAGAGAAAAUGCGUCUUCGGGUCAGUUUCAGUAAAUCAGCUAUCUAA